AAAUCUACUCUACUUAUAAAUACUUUAAACUCAAAGCUUAUUUAACCCUAUUUAUUAAGAUUAAGAUUUAAGAUUAAGAUUUGUUGAUAAUGUGAUUUGUGCCCUCACCUCAGCUUUCGAUCAAUUCCUUCUUCUUUCUAUCAAUAAAUUCAUUCCUCUCUCUCUCUCUCUCUCUCUCUCUCUCUCUCAUCACCACAAGAUUUGAAGGUGUAAUAAACAAUAGAUGGAUGAACAUUCAAUUAAAAGAGGCAUUGAUGGGAUGGCAGUACCUCGAAAAAGGACGGGCCUGGUGUUAAGAGAUACUGCUAAUACUAGAGACCGAAAUGGUCAAAUUUGCAGCCGAUUGGGUCGCAGCAGUACAGCCAACACUCCUAAGGUUGCGCAAGUCAGAUCUUCGGAAAAAGGCAAGUCUUUAAGGCCUUCAAUGCAGUCAUUUUCAAGUGGCAAGGAGGUCAUUGGUAGUUCCCGUAGAACAACUACUAAUCCAGCAAAACCGCUUAUAGAGCCUCGGAAAACAUCAACUUCUCAAUUUGAGACAGGUUCAUCUGUAACCAGUAGCGGACAUGAUGAACCAGAAAUUUCACAGCUCAACCCUCUGCCAGUAAAAUUUUCAACUGGGCUUCAAGCUGAAGGGAAAGGUACAAAAUCUGCUGAAGGGAAAGGUACAAAAUCUACUAAUGUGAUUCGGAUGAAAGUAGGAAAAUCUAAUGCAGUAUCAGAUUUAAGAUCUCAAAGGAAUUUGAAUCAAAGACCUGGACUUCGUCAACAAGAAAUUGAAAGCGUUGGUCCGGUGACACAAGCUGUUUCUAGCAAGUAUAAAUUGAGGAACCUCAGAUGCAACACUAUAUCUGAUGCCAUCCCUUCUUCUUGCUCAACAUCAGAUUCUACCCUUAAUAGAAAGAAAGCUGUUAUAAAAAAGGGAAACUCUGGAGAGGAUAGUAGCUCCACUGUUAAAGGAAAGAAGACGACUGGACCUUCACCGGAAGGAUUGAAUUCUGGCUCCAGAAAUUGCAUAUCUAUAUCUGAUGCAAGAAGAUCUAGAAAUAUUCCUUCUCAUAGUGACAAUAGCAGAGCAUCAGUUAGAACUAAAAAAUCAGUUAGUAGUUAUGCCAGGGGAAGAUUUUCUAGCCAAGGAAAUGAAAAUCCACGCGAAACCAAUGAGUCCCCUGUUGGGUCUCCUGGCAUUUUAUGUCAUGCAUCCGAGGAGACUCCUGUAAGUCGUCCAAACUCUUAUAGAAGGCCAGAUACUGGUAGUGAGGAGUUAUGUGGUAUUAUGCGCACAUCCCUUGAAGAAUAUGACACCCCUCAUUCUCUAAUAAAUCAGGAUGGUUAUUCAGAGGUAUUAUUUGCACUUGAGAGGCUUGAACAAGAUGAAGAAUUAACCGAUGAGCAAAUUCAUUUACUAGAGACCAACAUGCUUCUUGAUGGAGUUAACUUUGAUCAUCAUAGAGACAUGCGGUUGGAUAUUGAUAACAUGUCAUAUGAGGAACUAUUAGCUCUCGAAGAGAGGAUCGGUACUGUGAGUACAGCUCUAACAGAGGAAGCACUUUCAGAUUGUCUUAAAAGAAGUACCUAUCAGUCUGCUCCUUCAAAUGAUCCAUCUGACUAUUUCAAUGAAGAAAAUGAUAUCAAAUGCUGCAUUUGCCAGGAGGAAUAUGUUGUUGGAGAUGAAGUUGGGACUCUGUGCUGCACGCAUAAGUUUCAUGUGGUUUGUAUACAGGACUGGUUGAAGCAGAAGAACUGGUGCCCUAUUUGCAAAGGGUCAGCGGCACAGUCCAAUUCAUCUUCAUCUCAUUGAUUGCAUUGUUCUUUUCCUUUUGUACAAAAUUAUUCCUUGCCUUUCCCUUCUGCCCAAAAUACAGUUCCUUCUGGUCUUGUCUAAUUGGUCAUAUGUACAUAAAUUUCUUCAUCCCAUCUAAUAAUGAGAUAAACCGUUGCCUGACGGACUCUGGUGGGAUCUAGAUUCUCUAUAAUCACAAAAGCAUGCAUUCACUGGAGUCACCAAAUUGGAAUCAUUGGAAGAAUAUUAGACGAGUUACAUUAUGAGUUUCAAAUCAGAUUCUAAACAUGAACUCAAAAUGUGAACCAUCUAAUUUUCAUCUAACAGUUACGAUCAAUAACCGUGGGUUUUUUGUGACAGCAGAGAAUUGUUUCCACUUUUUGAUUAGGGAUUCAUUCUCAUUUUUUUGCUGAAAAACAUAACAAAUCAAGAGAUUUGCGCAACUGUGUUUUUUCUAUGACUGUAGAGAAUUUGUCUCCACUUUUGGAGUUGGGAAUUGAUUAUUAUCUUGAAAUGGGUAUGUUACAAGGUCAUGAUGUCAUUGGUGUUUUGUCCUGGGGCAGCAGCAUAUGUCAUAAAGGGGUAUGUAUACCUGAUUCCAAGACACUUGGAUGAGUAACAAAUCCAACUAGUCUUUUAAAAUGCAGCAUUAAUCACUAUAGUCCUUGAUUAAUUGAAAUUAGGCAAUAUGUAUUUUGCUGGUUAAAUUAGUUUUCAGGUCAAGUGUUUUAGAGAUUCGUUUGACUAGUGAAACUCAUUCUGAGAUUAAUUUGUGACGAUUUUGAAGAUAAAUGACUCAAUGCCUUAUGAUUUUGGGCUUUA